AUGGUAACACCUGGAGGUGGAGGUGGUGGAAACGGUGAUGGAGCAGGUGGAGCUGGGAAUGGUGGUAAUGGCGCCAGUGGAAGUGGAGGACAUGCUCCUUAUGAAAGAUCUCACGGUGCAUUAGCUCCUGGUGCUCCAAUCCCCAUUCAUGAAGGUGCUCUUAUUCAGGGGCCAAUGCCUGGUAGUUUUUUGAAGGAAACUAUUCCUUCUGUUAUUUUUCAAUGUCCUCGUCGUCCAAAUCAUGGUGUAGAAGGUCGUUCCAUUGUAUUGCGUGCAAAUCAUUUUGCUGUUAGAAUUCCAGGUGGAACUAUUCAGCAUUAUGCUGUAGAAGUGCAACCUGAUAAAUGUCCUCGUCGGGUUAAUCGUGAAAUAAUUGGGACAAUGAUUCGAGCAUAUGCGAAGGUUUUUAAUAAUAUGCAGCCGGUUUAUGAUGGAAAAAGAAAUAUGUACACCCGUGAUCCUCUUCCUAUUGGCCGAGAUCGUGUGGAGUUUGAGGUGACUCUUCCUGGUGAUACAGCUGUCGAAAGGCAGUUUACCGUUGCUGUUAAAUGGGUAUCAAAUGUAUCAUUAUCCACAUUAGAUGAAGCAAUGGAAGGUCGUGUUCGUCAAGUGCCAUUUGAAUCUGUGCAAGCAAUAGAUGUAAUUUUGAGACAUCUUCCUAGCAUGAGAUAUACACCAGUUGGAAGAUCAUUUUUCUCACCUCCUUUGGCUGGUGUGGCUCAAACACAGCAUUUACAAUACCAUUCGGAAAGUAAGUUGGGUGGAGGCCGUGAAGUUUGGUUUGGCUUUCAUCAAAGUGUACGACCUAGCCAGUGGAAAAUGAUGUUAAACAUUGAUGUAUCGGCUACUGCAUUUUAUCGCUCGAUGCCUGUAAUCGAUUUUAUGGCCGAGGUUCUCGAAUUACCUUUAAAUCAGCUUCAAGAUCGUCGUUCGCUUUCUGAUGCUCAACGUGUUAAAUUUACGAAAGAAAUUCGUGGAUUAAAAAUUGAAAUUACUCACUGCGGUCAAAUGAGACGAAAAUAUCGUGUUUGCAAUGUUACAAGACGACCUGCGCAGACUCAAACGUUUCCUCUACAGUUGGAAAGCGGUCAGAAUAUCGAAUGCACGGUCGUCAAAUAUUUCUAUGACAAAUAUCAAAUACAACUUAAAUACCCUCAUCUUCCAUGUUUACAAGUUGGGCAAGAACAAAAGCAUACUUAUUUACCACUUGAAGUAUGCAAUAUUGUGCCAGGUCAGCGCUGCAUUAAAAAGCUCACGGAUACACAAACCAGCACAAUGAUUAAGGCAACAGCGCGCUCGGCUCCAGAACGCGAGAGAGAAAUAUCAAAUUUGGUAAGGAGGGCAGAAUUUAACGCAGAUCCUUAUGCCCAUGAAUUUGGUAUCGCAAUUAAUCCAGCCAUGACCGAAGUGAAAGGUCGUGUCUUGGCUGCUCCAAAACUGUUGUAUGGCGGACGUACAAAAGCAACUGCUCUACCAAAUCAAGGAGUUUGGGAUAUGCGUGGUAAACAGUUCCACACAGGCGUCGAAGUAAAAAUGUGGGCUAUUGCAUGUUUUGCUCAACAACAGCACGUCAAAGAGAAUGAUCUCAGAAAUUUUACUACUCAACUUCAGCGAAUCUCAAAUGAUGCUGGAAUGCCAAUAAUAGGUCAGCCUUGUUUCUGCAAAUAUGCUGUUGGCGUUGAUCAAGUUGAAGCUAUGUUUAAAUAUUUAAAGCAAACAUUUGCUGGGAUACAACUCGUUUGUGUUGUUUUGCCUGGUAAAACGCCGGUAUAUGCUGAAGUUAAACGAGUUGGUGACACUGUUCUUGGGAUUGCUACUCAGUGUGUUCAAGCCAAAAAUGUGAUUAAGACAACGCCACAGACUCUAUCUAAUUUAUGCUUGAAAAUGAAUGUAAAACUUGGCGGAGUUAACUCAAUUCUUCUUCCUGCUGUUCGACCUAGGGUGUUCAGCGAGCCUGUGAUUUUCCUUGGUUGUGAUAUUACCCAUCCUCCAGCUGGAGAUUCUCGUAAACCUUCGAUUGCAGCAGUGGUAGGCAGCAUGGAUGCUCAUCCUUCGCGUUAUGCUGCUACUGUAAGAGUGCAACAGCAUAGACAGGAAACAAUAAAUGAUUUAGUUUUUAUGGUUAGAGAAUUGCUUAUCCAGUUUUAUCGCAAUACACGCUUCAAGCCUACUCGUAUUAUCGUUUAUAGAGAUGGUGUAUCUGAAGGACAAUUUUUUAAUGUAUUGCAACAUGAACUGCGUGCUAUGAGGGAAGCAUGUAUGAUGCUAGAGCGUAAUUAUCAGCCUGGUAUAACAUUUAUUGCUGUGCAAAAAAGGCAUCACACACGCUUGUUCGCAGUAGAUAAGAAAGAUCAAGUGGGUAAAGCAUUUAAUAUUCCUCCUGGAACAACCGUGGACGUAGGAAUUACACAUCCUACAGAAUUCGAUUUUUAUCUUUGUUCUCAUGCUGGUAUUCAGGGUACGUCUCGACCAUCACAUUAUCAUGUUCUAUGGGAUGACAAUAAUCUUACGGCAGAUGAACUGCAACAAUUAACAUAUCAAAUGUGUCACACUUAUGUGCGCUGCACACGUUCUGUUUCGAUUCCUGCACCAGCAUAUUAUGCUCACCUAGUUGCCUUUCGAGCUCGAUAUCAUUUAGUAGAUCGAGAGCACGACAGUGGUGAGGGCUCGCAGCCGUCUGGAACGAGCGAAGAUACGACAUUAAGUAACAUGGCUCGAGCUGUUCAAGUUCAUCCAGAUGCAAAUAGUGUUAUGUAUUUCGCAUAA